GAAGAGGAGAAAGAUCCUAUCAAAAGAAAAAAGAAGAGGAGAAAGUAGAAAAGUCAAAUUCUGCGAUUUCUAAUUUGUAAAACCUAAAGUGGGACAGAUACUCUCGUAUUGGGAGAGAGAUUGAGAGAUUCGUGAGAAGCAUGGAGGGAGCUCAAGCUGGAUCUACUCUAGAUUCGUUGAUAGCUUCGUUCCAGAAACGAAUCGGCGAAUUGCAGGAACUCAUCAUCGCUCGGAACAUGUAUCCGGCGAGAAGCAUCUCGGAUUUAUCGGCGAUUGACACGGCGCUGAGCUCGAUGGAGCUUCAGGUUCAGUCGAUCAAGGACCGGUUGCGUGAAGAAACUGAAGCUAUUCCGAAAGCCAAGAAACUUAUUGAGGCAUCACUGAAACAACAAGCGAAAUUGCAGAAGAUGUCUAUUUAUGCACUCCCUGACAAGGCUACUAUGUUGAAUUCAGACUUAAAUAGAUGUUUGCUCCAAGAAAAUGCCAAGCAGUAUGAGCAUAAUCCUGGUCUCAGCUCUUUGAAAUCUGAUGAGGAAGCAGUUGUUUUACCCAAGGAGAAGAAGGGUCGCGGGUCUCCUCCACUUUGGCACAUAACUGUUGAAGAGCUCAAUUCCCUCUCAUCAUACAUGAGAGGAAGACUCACCCUUGAAAAGGUGAAUGCGGCCAUCAGUGACAUGGCUUCGUAUGCUGAAGCAAAUGCUCAUCUUAUUGCAGCCCCAAAGCAGAAGCUGGCGGAAAACCUCUGGGAGAAAGCACUGAAACUACGAGAUAUUGUAACAGCGCAAGCAGUGAAGGGCAAACAUUUCUUUCUUGAAACUGACAUGAAGGGACCAAGUUUGAAACUAGACAACACAGGAAAAGCAAUACUUACUGUACUUCGUCACCUUGGUCGUAUUAGUGAGACUCGCAUUGGUCAAAACCGGGUCAUCAUUCUAAUGAAGCCUCAUUAGAAGAAACUAACUUGGCUCAAGUUUGUUCAUUUUCACAAGACUAAGGCCUAGUGAGAAGGCCCAGAAUCAAACUAUGUUACCGUCCGAGAGUGGAGCUCGGCGUCGUUGUCGUGACUUCGUCGGUUAAAUCGAGAACGUUGCAGACGCGGAGAAACCCUGAGAGUCCUCUCUGUCUCAUUAUGACGUCACUAAUCUACAAAAGCAAACAAACAAACCAUGUGUUUGUGUUUUCAGAGACAUUUACGUGUAAAUAUAUGAUCGUACACGCUAGGCGUGUUAAUUAAAAAAAAAAAAAAGCAACCAAAGGAAACAACAAAAACAUGUUUAGCUAUUA